CAAACCAGACAGCACCUUUAGAGGCCGUGUAGCGUCGCUGUUACUCCGAGGAGAGAUCAGUCGGUAGAGGAGAAGUCGAGGUUAGAGAGGACUGGGAGGCACUUUGCUGUCUUCAAUCGAAGUUGAGGGUGCAAAAAUGCAGAGUAAUAAAACUUUUAACUUGGAGAAGCAAAACCAUGCUCCAAGAAAGCAUCAUCAUCACCACCAGCAGCAGCACCACCAACAGCAACAGCAGCAGCCACCACCACCGCCAAUACCUGCAAAUGGGCAACAGGCCAGCAGCCAAAAUGAAGGCUUGACUGUUGACCUGAAGAAUUUUAGGAAACCAGGAGAGAAGACCUUCACCCAACAAAGCCGUCUCUUUGUGGGAAAUCUUCCUCCCGACAUCACCGAGGAAGAAAUGAGGAACUUUGAGAAAUACGGAAAGGCAGGCGAAGUCUUCAUUCGUAAGGAUAAAGGAUUUGGCUUUAUCCGCUUGGAAACACGAACCCUAGCAGAGCUGGACAAUAUGCCACUCCGUGGAAAGCAGCUGCGUGUGCGCUUUGCCUGCCAUAGUGCAUCCCUUAGAGUUCGAAACCUUCCUCAGUAUGUGUCCAACGAACUGCUGGAAGAAGCCUUUUCUGUGUUUGGCCAGGUGGAGAGGGCUGUAGUGAUUGUGGAUGAUCGAGGAAGGCCCUCGGGAAAAGGCAUUGUUGAGUUCUCAGGGAAGCCAGCUGCUCGGAAAGCUCUGGACAGAUGCAGUGAAGGCUCCUUCCUGCUAACCACAUUUUCUCGUCCUGUGGCUAUGGAGCCCAUGGACCAGUUAGAUGAUGAAGAGGGACUUCCAGAGAAGCUGGUUAUAAAGAACCAGCAAUUUCACAAGGAACGAGAGCAGCCACCCAGAUUUGCACAGCCUGGCUCCUUCGAGUAUGAAUAUGCCAUGCGCUGGAAGGCACUCAUUGAGAUGGAGAAGCAGCAGCAGGACCAAGUGGACCGCAACAUCAAGGGGCUAGAGAUGGAGCUGGAGGCUGCACACCAUGAGCAUCAUGUCAUGCUAAUGAGACAAGAUUUGAUGAGGCGCCAAGGAGAACUUCGGAGGAUGGAAGAGCUGCAUAACCAAGAGGUGCAAAAACGAAAGCAGCUGGAGCUCUGGCAGGAGGAAGAGCACAGGCGCCGCGAGGAAGAGAUGCGGCGACAGCAAGAAGAAAUGAUGCUGCGACAGCAGGAAAGAUUCAAGGGAACCUUCCUUGAUGCGAGAGAGCAGGAGAUUCAGAUGGGUCAGAUGGCUAUGGGAGGUGCUAUGGGCAUAAACAACAGAGGUGCCAUGCCCCCUGCUCCUGUGCCACCUGGUACCCCAGCUCCUCCAGGACCUGCCACUAUGAUGCCGGAUGGAACUUUGAGAUUGACCCCACCAACAACUGAAUGCUUUGGUCAGGCUGCUACGAUGGAAGGAAUUGGGGCAAUUGGUGGAACUCCUCCUGCAUUCAACCAUGCAGCUCCUGGAGCUGAAUUCGCUCCAAACAAACGCCGCCGAUACCAAUAAAGUUGCAGUGUCUGGUUUCUCAAAACCCUUAAAAGAAGGGACCCUUUUUGGAUUAGCCAGAAUUCUACCCUGGAAAAGUGUUAGGGAUUCCUUCCAAUAGUUAGAUCUACCCUACCUGUACUAUAGGGAGUAUGCUGGGGCAGAGGGCAAGGGAGGGGUGGUAUAAACAAACCAUGUGUGGUAUAAUGUUUAAUCAGUUCUGUGUGGUGCAUUCCUGAAAUCUCAGAUGUGAUUGUUGAACGCCUGGGGAAAUCAUGGCAAAGUGGAUACAGUUAGAGUUCAUUAUCUUGAUCAUUCUGGGUUUUUUUUUUUUUUGUUGUUCGAUCUUGUUUCAUUUGCUUGCUUCCCGCCCACCUGGAGACAGUCUCUCUCACCCAGGCUGGAGUGCGGUGGUGCGAUCUUGGCUCACUGCAACCUCCGCCUCCUGAGUUCAUUUGUCCAGGCUAGUCUUGAACUCCUGACCUCGUGAUCCACCUUCCUCAGCCUCCCAAAGUGCUGGGAUUACAGGCGCGAGCUACUUUGCCCAGCCUCAUUUGCUUUCUUAUCCUUAACACUCCCCAGCCCCAGAGAAAUUGCCACAUACACCACAAAAACCAAACAUCCCCCAGUGACCUUAGCCCCAUUGCUCCAUUCACUCCCAGGGGAGAAUUCAGGCAGUCCACAAAGGUCACAGGCAACGAACAUACGGUUGUGUUAUAUCCCAUAUAUUACCCCUUCAUGUCCUAAAGAAGACAUUUUCUCUUAGAGAUUUUCAUUUUAGUAUAUCUUAAAAAAAAAAUCUUGUGUUAACUUGCCUCCAUCUUUUUCUUGGGUGAGGAUGCCCAGGAAUGACCCUUUUGUGUCUAUGAUGUUACUGUUCACAGCUUUUCUUGAGAGGCCUAGUAUAAUCUUGGGAACAGGGUUGCUGUAUACUGAAAGCCUGACAGUAGCUCUUAGAUUCACCUAUCUCAGGUAGUCACGCUGUGCAUUUUUUUCAUCAGUGUACCGUGUUUGAUUUGUCUGAAAAAUUUGGAGUUUUUCUGAGAAAUGGAACAGUAAUGCAGCAUCGACUUAUUAAAGUACAUUUUAAGCCUUUU